AUGACUUAUUCAGCUGCUUUAUUCAAUGUUUUUCAAGCAUUUGUCAUUAUCAUCGUAAAUUUUUCGAUCCUAAUCUCCUAUGUAAAUACCAAUGAAGUGGAACUUCGAACGCUAUUAUUUAAAGAACGAGCAUAUGAUACCAAAGUGUGUCCGGAAAAAGGCAUUACCAAAGUUCAUACGAAUCUAAUCUUUCUUCAAAUUGAAAGUGUCGAUGAGAAAGCACAGGUAGUCACGAGCAACAUUCAAUUAACUUGCGCUUGGUGCGAUCCGUAUAUGACAUGGAAUGUCAGUCGUUUCAAUAUCUCGGAAUUAUCUGUUGGAUCCGAUCAGUUAUGGACGCCGGAUGUUGUUGUUGUCAAUUCUGCUGAUGAGAAGUAUUCACGAAAUCGAGAACAUUAUGCUUUACUUCUGCGACAUGAUGGCUAUGUUCGAUUUAUGUUUCAAGAUUUAUGGAAGACGAUAUGUAAAGUUCGUGCAACUUAUUUCCCAUUUGAUCGGCAAGUGUGUACAAUAAUUAUUCGGAGUGGCUCUCAUGAUAGUCAUACAAUAAAAUUUAUUCAACGACGUCCAAUUGAAACUCAUUCAUUUAUCCGAGGCGAAUGGGAGUUGGAAGCAUCGUACACAGAAAUCAGCGACGAACGCGUCUCAGACUUCGAUCACGUCGAUUACAGUCUCGUACGGUUUACGUUAGUCUUAAAACGCAACCAUGUCUAUUAUCUAAUUAAAAUCAUUCUCCCGUUUACACUCGUUUCCUUCGUCACACUGUUCACAUUUUUACUACCACCACAGACAGGUGAAAAGCUAACAUUGAAUGUAACAAUUCUCUUAUCGCUGGUGAUUUAUCUUCAACUAUUAACCGAAUAUAUUCCGAAAUCAGAUGACGAAACACCGAUAUUAACAUUAUUUUGUAAUGCAAAUUUCUUCCUCGUCUUUCUCUCUUGUAUUAUGACGGUUUAUGUACUUUAUCUAUAUCAUCAACCAUCGACAUCGAAUAUCGCCUGUGUGCCAUCACAUAUGAAAAUAGUCUUGUUGGAUUAUCUAAGCCCGUUAGUUUACUGUAAUGCGAAUAAGCAAUCGAACCAAUGUCAAACUGUUGAAGACAAUGUGGAAGAAGCACGACCAAGACGUUUGAGUAGUAUUGAAAAACGUAUGUGCCAUUUAUUCACUCUCACAACACCAGUUCGAACAGUUAAUCAACAAGCAAUCGAAUUAUUGAAAUUACUACAUCAAAUCAAGUUUCAUAUACGUACACAAUGGCUAAUCCCAUUAAACAUUCUUGAUGAAUGUGAAACAAGCACUGAUCUAUCAAAAUUCGAUAAUCAACGUCGUUUAGACGAAUGGCAGCAUGUGGCAUUAGUACUUGAUCGAAUGUUCUUUAUCUUAUUUAGUAUAGCGAUGCCGUGUACAGCACUGAUUUUUAUCUCUGCACAUACAGCAACAAGAAAUAACUUUCAUGGAAACUUUAGUAACUUCAAAAUGGACGCUAAAUGUGAUCAUUAUCCACCAAAACUACCAUAA